GUUGGGUAUACAGUGGACCGGUCGAAUUUCCCCAAUUCCAUACCCUCUACUUCAUUUGAACCAAACGGGUCAAAUAGAACUUGCGAAGACCCUAGAGCUUCUGUAAGUGUAUCUGGUGGUGGUGGAUAAUGUCGUCGGUGUAUGUGCUCGAGCCGCCGACGAAGGGCAAGGUGAUUCUAAACACGACGUACGGGCCACUGGACAUCGAACUCUGGCCUAAAGAGGCCCCAAAGGCCGUCAGGAACUUUGUCCAGCUCUGCCUGGAAGGGUAUUACGAGAACACCAUCUUUCACCGUAUUAUCAAGGGCUUCCUCAUCCAGGGCGGUGACCCCACCGGCAGUGGCACCGGUGGUGAAAGUAUAUAUGGAAGUGUUUUUCCUGAUGAGUUCCAUUCACGUCUAAGAUUCAACCACAGGGGGAUUGUUGCGUGUGCAAAUGCUGGUACACCACAUUCUAAUGGGAGUCAAUUCUUUAUUUCCUUGGAUAAGUGUGAUUGGCUUGAUCGAAAGAGUACCAUUUUUGGAAAGGUGACUGGAGAUUCAAUAUAUAAUCUUUUAGCCAUUGGUGAGGUUGAAACUGAUAAAAAUGAUUGGCCAUUAGAUCCAUCCCCAAAAAUCAAAUCAGUUGAGGUAUUAUGGAACCCUUUUGAAGAUAUUGUCCCUAGGGCGCCCUCCAAGCCUUUAACACAAUCUGCAACUGAUAUCGAAAAUAAAGAUUCAAAGAAGAAACCCGUGAAAAAGUUGAACUUACUUUCGUUUGGAGAGGAGGCUGAAGAAGAGGAGAAGGAAUUAGCAGCUGUAAAACAAAAAAUCAGGAGUAGUCAUGAUGUAUUGGAUGAUCCUCGUCUCCUGAAGGGACAACAUCCAAGUGAAGAAUUGAAUUCAUCUGAAGCCAAAGCAACAAGGGAUCUGCAGUUAUCUGUAAGAGAAGCAUUAAGCUCAAAGAAGGAUGUAUCACAGAAAGAUUUAGAUGCCGAAUUUUCUAAUAGUGAUGAUGAUGAUGAUGAGGUCAACUUUGAUGCACGAAUGCGCCAACAAAUACUUAGAAAAAGAAUGGACCUGGGAGGUCUCUCAUCUAAGCAAAAGAAAAAUGGGAGCACUAGCCCAAAAGAUCAUCAAAUUUCUGUGCCCAGGUCUACUGCUGAAAGCAUUGAUGAUGACCACCCAAGGGUGGAAAAGCUGUCACUGAAGAAAAAGGGAAUAGGAUCUGAAGCCAGAGCUGAACGCAUGGCUAAGGCAGAUGUAGAUUUACAGUUAUUCAGUGAAGCUGAACAAGGAAGACUAUUGCAAAAACAGAAGAAGCGCAGAAUUCAAGGACGUGAGGAUGAGGUUUUAGCAAAACUUGAGAAGUUUAAGAAGGCUGUUUCUGCAAAGGCUGAUACCUCAAACAGUGAGACCGGAGGUGCUUAUAAAGAGGAUUUGUCUGACUGGAGUUCUGUCCGCCUAAAGUUUGCACCUGAACCUGGCAAGGAUCGUAUGACUCGCAAAGAUGACCCAAAUGACUAUGUUGUGCAUGACCCCCUUUUGGAGAAAGGGAAAGAGAAAUUCAAUCGAAUGCAAGCCAAGCAAAAAAGGCGAGAACGAGAAUGGGCUGGCAAAUCUCUCACUUAGUGUCGUCUCUGCAAAGUACGCACAAUGGAAUUGAUGAGUCAUUUUAGGGGGGUCUCCUUGUCUUUGCUAUGUAGUUUAAUUGCUAAACGUGUUAACCCAAAAAAAAGAAAAAAGGAAAAGAAAAAAAUAGCCCUAUCUUGCCAGCCAAAUUCCCAAGAAACUGUGGAAGCUGGUGGUGCAUUGUUGACCUAUACUCCGUUCCUAUACUCUAGGUUCAUUUCAUCUGGAAGGGCAUCUUUUACCAGUAAACGAAGUUUACAGAGGAAUAUUGCCAUCAUCUAUGGUGUUUUGUGCUCA